AUGCAAGCUGCAUAUAAAAUCUAUUUCCAAGAUGAAGGUGAAAAGUUUACUUUUGAAGCUGCAUGGAGAUUAUUGAAAGAUGAACCUAAAUGGCUCGCAGGUUCAUCAGAAGCUUCUACAAAAAGAACAAAGAAUUCAGCUUCAGGAGCAUAUUCUUCAUCUUCUAAUCCACAAAUGAGCAGCGAACACGAUCCAUCAUCACCUACUUUGUCUCGCCGUCCAAUCGGUCAAAAGGCAGCCAAAAGGAAGGAGAAAGAAAAGCUUAUGGAAAUGUCUUCUACUCCCAAUGUCAAAUAUGAUUCUUUGAAAGAUGACUUUAAAAAAAAAUUUGAUCUGAUGUCAAUGUUUGCACGAGACUAUGCAUGCAUUGAGGGUGAAAAAAUUGAGAUAGAGAGAAAAAAGGUUGAUGCAAAGAUUAAGAAGGCUGGGAAUGCUGAGGAGAGAUUGAAGAUGAAUGAUCUGCAAAUACUCUCAAAAGAUACAUCAAAUAUGGAUACAAGACAACUACAAGCUCAUGAUAUGUUGUGCGACAUGAUUAGAGAAAAAUAUGGACUUAAUUAG